ACUUGAGAGGAUUUGAAAUUAUUAUCUGUUGCCCUAUUUUCAUUUCCGCCGCCGCCAUUCCCACCGCUUCCGCCCUUCACUCUCUUUUUUUGCCUCCAAUUAUUAUCUGCUCCAUGAAUUUGUUCAACACAAGUCUCAGAUUGGAGUUUCUAUUAUACUCUUAAGAACCCCUCUCAAUCCAUCCCCAAAAUGGAGCCAGAUUUCUUCAAAAAUCUACCGGCAGAAAUCAUCACCGAGAACCUCUUAAGACUACCUGUUGUAAGCAUUCCAAUAAGCAAAUGUGUUUGCAAGCGAUGGCUCCAUCUGCUUGAGUCUGAUGCAUUUGUCAAGUCUCAUUUUGCCAGAUCCGCCCCCGCCCUCGUUGUUGUGGGGAAUUCAAAUCAGUUGAAAGUUUUGGAAUUGGAAGGCGAGCUCAAUCUCCAUCUCGAGAGCUACAAUCCACUCACCCAGUAUGAUGUCCCUUACCGCUUGAUUGGAAGAAUAAGGAAUUGUUUUGAUGGUUUUCUUGUUAUAAAUUUGAGUUUUGAUAAGCUUGUUGUAUGUAAUCCGAUCACUCGUGAAGUUAUUGAGCUGGAUCUGCCUGCAGAUCCACAACAGUCUACUCUUCUAGAAGUAUCUGCUUUGGGAUUUGGGGGAAGCGAGGUAGUCUGUAUUAAACGUAGGCCCUAUGAUGAUAAAUUGGAUUGUCAUGUAUACACUCUUGGAGCAGGAUCAUGGAGACGCCUUGAAGGUAUUCCAUAUAAUUACCAUGAUGGUGAAGGUGCAUUUGUUAAUGGAAAUCUCCAUUGGAUAGCAACCAUUGGAGGAGAAGCGUCAUGGAUUUCUUGCUUUGAUGUUAAAACAGAAUGUUUUAGCUUCUUUAAAGCUCCUCCUUAUCAUGCUCAAGGAUUGCCCUUGAUAAGAGUAACGUCCAUUUCUGCUUUGAACGGUUGCCUAUGGUUUUGCAAGGUAGCAUCCGAAUAUGUGAAUUAUGGUGGGGGAUGCGAGCUUACUAUAUGGAUUAUGAAGGAAUAUGGAGUGGACGAAUCUUGGAGCUUGGAAUAUGUGAUCCCCAUUGAUGAUGGCUUGAGUUGAAUGGCGGAGGUGGCGGUGAGGUUGCGGGUGACGCGCUAUCUGGUGGCGGGGAAGCCAGAGCUGGAGAGGGGGUGGGAUUUGGAGAAGUGGCAGGAGGCGUAGGAGGAGGAGGAGGGGUCGAUGUUGCAGGAGCAGUAGGCGGCCUCCACGAAGUUGCCGUAGCGGAUGAUCUCGCGGCGGAGGAUGAUCCUCGUUGGACCGCGCCGCCCCGUCCUUCACCACGCCGUCGACCUGGAUCUGCAUCGCCGCGGGCCUAGAUCUGCAUCGCCGCUGGAUCUGCAGUGCCCGCGCAGUCUGGAGAAGCAUGCCACCGUCUACUUCCUCCCGGCGCCGACCGCUACGAGCCGGAGGUGGCGUACAACGACCGCGUGAAGUCCGCCGAAGGUCGGCGUGAAGCGAGCCUGGCCUAAUUUAGUUUCCUGAUUUGGUUUUUGAUUUAGUUUCCUAAUUUGGGGAAAUCGUGCCCUAAUUUGAGAUGAACUUGGGGCUUUUUUAAAUUUUUCUUAUUUUGGGGAUUUUCGAUGUUUACAAGCGAUGUAUUUCGUUUCAAGA